AUGUUGCGACAGGAAGAAAUAAAGCCCACAACCGAUUUCCAGUCUCUUGCUGAAGAACUCCAGUCUCAUAUUCUGAGUUUCCUUCCUUACCGAGAUAUUCUUCGAUGCACAUCCCUAUGUAAGGCACUUCGCCAGACGUACAUAUCGUCCUCCGAGCUUCAGUACAUCGUUGAGCUCGGCGGUCAACAACUCCUCCCCGUCCCCAACGCAGACCUUGACCACUCCGCUUCUAAUUCUCAGCGCCUACAACUCCUAAGGGACAAUGCUCACGCAUGGUUCAAGUUUGAUAUACACUCUUUCGAAACAGUCUCCAUACCAGUACAAAAUAAAAUGUGGGUUGCCAACGGGCAUCUCUGUCUGUGGGAGCGACAUCAUAACUCGACCACAGUUUUUCCAAUACUACCGAAGCCCUCCCAAUACAAGAUCGAGUGUGAUCGGGCUCCGACAUCGUUGCGUUCAGAUCCCAAUGCAUACAGCUUCGAUGUGAUCAUGGACCCAGCGCAAAACCUUAUUGCCAUCGCAUAUGCUUCUAUCGAUGAUGAUUUCCAUUGGGAUGAAGAGGAGAUCUAUGUCGUCCUUGGGGUCCUGGAUGGAGGAGGUAUCCAUCCCCAAGCCGCUGGACAGACACUGUUUCGGUCAAAGCUGCCUGGAAUCCAGAGCGGUGAUAACACUUCAACAGACCUUGGGUCAUUAAAACUCAAGUGCUUCGGAAGGCAUAUCGCUUUGUGUUACUCCCUACGGAUCACUUCUUCUGACUUUUUUAACGAGUGGUUGUGGGGGUUGCAGAUUUGGGACUGGCAGCACUCAACAACGUCCAGUAGCGUCCUCAGUGACACAAUACACCCACCGCGCGAGGCAGCAAAUGAUUUUUGUUUCCUCGGAAACGAUAGGCUGCUGAUUUUCGGCGAUGAUAUGAAGCUCUAUUCGAUUGAGGACAUGUCUCAGGCCCCGCAAUUACUUGCGUGCUUCUUGUUGCCUGUCUCAGUGAAGAGCAUACAGUGCAAGUACUCAAUGGAUGCUAUUGCACAUAGCUCACGACCCCAGAUACUAAACCAACGGACGAUGUGGACCUCGGACCCUGAACGUCAACUACUAUCUUUUGUCACUUUCUCUCCCAGUCUCAUCUUCAUCAUUUGCACCAGUAUCUUCUUCGAUCCCGACUUAUUUGAAGGAAUGCUAGAAGCAAUACAGUGGGAAAACUGGGGCCCUUUAAAUGCUCGUGUAUUCCAGGCACCGAGCCGUUGCAACAUUUGCGUUGGUGGAAAUCGAGUUUUGUUGGCAUUUCCUGCAAAUGACACGACUAACUGGCAUGUACCUCGAAAAUAUAGAUUGCAUGUGAUGGACUUCAGUCCGUUAGCUGUCGAGCGUCGACAAGGUCUAGGACGAGUAGUGAAAGAGCCAUCUACGAUAGAAAUCACAGAGUCGCAGACGGGGAAGAGCCUCGAGUUGGCGGAGAGCUUAACGACCUCUCUGCCUUACGUCGAGGUUGUAUUGGACCAGGACAGAACAUUUGGACAUCGUGGGUUUGAAAAUAUAUGGAUGGAUAAGGACAGAAUUUAUUUCCAUCAUGGAUCGAAUCAGCUCGAGGUCAUUGAGAUAGCGCCAACUUGAAGGGCUACAUUUGCGGCAAAGCCCACUACGCCGUCUGUGGCGUUUGGAAAACAUUCACACGAGAAGAGUUGACUUUAAGGCGAGAACUCAGGAGAGUACUGAGAGAACUGUCAGAACUAAACCUUUGUUACUCAAAAGGGGGGAGAAGGAUCAACUGUCCCUCCUGUACUAUGUAGAUCGUAAGGGUGCGGGCACCAGUCCCCGACUCUCCUUCGUGGUCGAUUCUGUCGACAGAUACCCGAACCUUUCUUAGUUUGAACGUGUUUUACGUCGUGAACGCGUGAACGACAAA